UUGAAUUACCGAAAUUUGUAAUUUGUCGUGACUUUCGUCUUAAUAUCAUAAUGUGCGACAACGUUUACUCGUGUAGAGAUAAGAGAUUAUCAAUUUUAGUGAAUUGCCUUGUGGCGUGUUUCGACGCGAUCGAAUUUCUUGAAUUCCAGAACGCGCAUCUGAUGCAAUUAUGCAACGAAUUUGGACCUUCCUUUGAAUUUAACGGUCAUACAAUUGACUGUGUUGAUGUCAAAUACAAUCCAGUAAGAUUUUCAAGUCUUUUACCAGGACCAACCUAUUGUGUGGCUCAUAGUGAAAUUACAAUCACCGAAACCCAUGUGGAUGUUACAAACAACGUUAGAGCUGUUAUUCGAUUUAGCGAAAGUUUAUCAGUUCUUGAGAAAUUAAUGAAUUCCGUCAUGCAAGCCUUUGUAAAAGCUAAAACGAAAAUGGGGGAAUAUUAUAGUGCCCUUCGUUAAAAAGUGCACGCACCCAAAAUAAAAAUUUAACGAUAUAUUCAUAAAUAAAUAAUUACUAUACAUCAUAUGUAUACCUUAUUCAAUAGACAAAUGCCCAAUUUUGCGAGGAGGUUAUCUUGUGGUACAAGAGUCGGCAGGAACAAAAACGUGCCGAUUUGGA